CCCCCAUCGGUGUGGGCGGACGCCCACCUCCCAGGAGCAGCCAUGCUACGAGGUGCCUUCGUGCUUUGGAACCUCAGCUUCUUCAACGUGGAGAGGACCCUGGCACGCAGGAUGCAGCAGAACGCGCAUUACCCCUUCCAGGUGCAGCAGCCCAAUGGUGAGGAUGUUGUCAUGGAGUAUUACAAGGACACGCUGUGGAAGGGGGCCCUGAUCUUCCUGCUCUGUGUCUUGGGCGGUGUCUUCUACCUCAAGAGUGAGAAGGUAGGAGAGCCCGUGGCUGGUCCCAGGCUGUGCCCCAGAGCCCCCCGACUGGGGCCAGGCAAAGGGCGUCGUUUCCUUUCCCCCCCCCCGGGGUGGGAUAUAGCUAACUGGGGACCCCUCACCCCCAAGUCCUCCAGCUACUUCCCCAUCCUGGGAGCUGUGACCAGCAGGUCCCUCUCGCUUGCUCGCCCUGCCUCCACCCCCCCGGCUCCGGGUCUUGGCUCCCGGGUCCGUCCCCCACAGGUCUCCCAGGAUUACUCCGGCUUCUUCAUCUACGGGAUCCUGGUCGGCCUCUGGCUCCUCCUCAGCUCCAUGCACAAGCGGCACCUGGUCAUCAACCACGCCCGGGGCUGCUACCAGAUCUACAUCAAGAGGCAGCUGUGGGAGGAGGGGCCCUUGCACCAGAUCUACGUCCGGCUGACGGCCCAGAUGGACGCCUAUGGGAAAUGCUUCUACAGCCUCAUCAUCAACGGCUACGGGCUGGAGGUGCUGGCCCUGGCCAGCCUGUCCGACAAGUACGAGCACAUGGAGUUCCUGGGCAGGCGGAUCGCGCGCAAGCUCAAACUCAACUACUUCGACUACCUGGAUGUGUCCACGCGCCACGUGAUCCGCCACCGGCCCCCGCUGGAGCGGGACAGGGACCUGCAGGUUUGAGGGGGGGGGCCGUGCCCCAGUAAAGCUUGGCCUCCCUCUC